AUGACGUUCAAGGACACGCCCACUUGGGCGUUGAAGCGCAUCUACACUCGGGGGCGUCUCCCGCGCCAGCCGGGGACCGAGGAGCCCCUGGACAAGAACUUGCUCUUGCCAGAUCGCGGGCAUGGCGACUCACUCUACAUUGGCGACAUCUAUGCACGCGUGCCUACCAGUGCCGAGAUGGAAUGGUCCGCCGGGCUUUCAAAAGCUCCAGGGCCGUAUCUGAGCCACAUCAAGAAGAUCCAGCUGGCCUUCCCUCACCUGCGGUAUCUCUCAAACUGGAUGGAAGUCACCACCGCACCCGCGAAAUGGGACCUGCUCAAGGACCUCGACAACCUCGACGAGAUCCGGGACGAGCGGGCUCACCGGGUCCGCGCGGCAGCCGUGGACUUUGCGCCGUCUGCGGAGCCCAGCAUCCGCCGGAUCAACGACCUCGAAAGCCUGGACGGGGCCCUGAGCGACCAGAAGGCCCUCGCGGCAAAUGUCCACCGGCUAUAUGUGGUCGAGGACUUGUCCCGGGAGGUCAUUGAGCGGCUUGGGUUCCAGCUUGACAUUGAUCCUCUUUUCUUUCGGGAGCAGAUUAGUGAUUAUCUUUGGUCCAACGUGCAAGACCCUUGGGUCGAGUUGCCGGACCUCGACAUCGUGUCUCGAGACAGGCCGUUCUUCCACCUGACAUACGUGCAGCCGCGCUUCUUCCGCAACCACGCCGAGUUCACAGAGGCGCAGAGGGACGCCGGGCGUUUCAACGUGCUACGCAGGAUCGACGACGACAGCGCGCACAAGGCCAUCUUCGACAAGGAGGGAAGCGUCGUGGCCCUCGUGCGCAGCAAGUUCUCCCUCUGGACGCGACCCGCGCAGGACGGCAGAGGAGCUGUAGCGGUCCUGCUCGUAGACCCAACAAUCAAGGCAGGCUUCCCGCUCUGGAAGGGCUACCGGCCGUUCGUCGACUCCCCCGCGCCCUCGUCGCAAGUCAGGCACACUCCGGCGCCGACGACAGAGUCCCUCCUCGACAACGUCCUGCACUGGACGCGGCGCAUGCCGGCCCACGCCCGGGCCGAGAUCGCCGCGGACCCGCGCGUCAUGGCCUUCCGCAUGCUGCAGAUAUACUGCGCCGAGUGGCUCUCGGUGUCGCGCUACAUCCAGGCCCGCCUGGGCCAGAUCGAGUGGGAGAUUGAGCGCGAGGACUUCCGGCACGAGUCGCAGAAGGCCAUUGGGCCUUCGCUCGCCAAGCUGCACACCUGGCGUAGGCGCAUCCCGAUGUACAAGACCAUGGUCACGCAGGCGCACAAGGUCCUGUUCCGCAGGGACCGGAGGGUUCAUCCGUGGUCCUCGGUGCAGGAGAGCCGCGGCGGCGGCGGAGCAGACACAGGACUAUAUGGAGAAGGAGAAGGAGAAGAAGGAGAAGUACCGGGCGGUGGCAGUGCGACAGAAGCAGCAGCAAGAAGAAGGGGAGGAGGAGGACCGGGCCAGUCGAUCCUCGACCUCCGCGAGGACUUUACCCUCGUGUCCGAGGGCAUCACCGAGCUGCUCAGCCGGACGGAGCGCAUCGCGGCCGUCGCCACGGCCGUCACCGCCAUCGAGGAGACCCAGCGCGCCGCCGAGCACAACCUCCAGCUCGGCCGGCUCACCUACCUCGCCGUCAUCUUCGCCCCGCUCAGCUUCGUCUCCAGCUUCUUCAGCAUGACCGACAACCUCCCCUCCCUCGGCACCACCUUCUGGGUCUACUUCUGCGUGGCCGUGCCCAUGAGCCUCAUGGUGUACCUGCUCGUAGAGAAGGAGUGGAAGGCCGCGCUGCGCAGGUGGUGGGUCGCCGUCAAGGACAGGGCCCAGCGCAAAACGCCCGACAAUGGUCGUGCCGGCAGCGGUGACGGGGAGAGGCAUUAUAGCCAGAAGAUUGGCCCCCCAAGUGCGUUCGGGGCUAAGUAA